UUUGCUUGACCCUCUCUGCUUAACAGUAGUUCUCUCUCUCUCUCUCCAAACUAACCCAAAAAAAAUCCCACAAAGACUGAGAGACUCUCUGUCUGAGACAGACCCAGAAGAAAAAGGAAGCAUGGGAGACGAAAAGAAGGACAAAAAAGUUGAAACCGGGAAGAAGGUACCGAUAGCAGGAAAGAGGAACAUACUCAUUACAAGCGCCUUGCCUUACGUUAACAACGUUCCUCAUCUCGGAAACAUCAUUGGCAGUGUUUUAAGUGCUGAUGUUUUUGCUAGAUAUUGCCGUCUUCGUGGCUAUAAUGUGAUUUACAUAUGUGGAACUGAUGAAUAUGGAACAACAACAGAGACAAAAGCUUUGGAGGAGAAUUGUACCCCAAAGCAGAUUUGUGACAAAUAUUACGCAAUUCAUAAGGAAGUUUACAAUUGGUUUAACAUAAGUUUUGAUGAAUUCGGGCGCACAUCAACUCCUCAACAAACUGAUAUCUGCCAAUCAAUAUUCAAGAAACUGAUGGAGAACAAUUGGCUUUCUGAAAACAUGAUACAACAGCUUUAUUGUGACACAUGCGAUCGUUUCUUGGCUGAUCGAUUUGUGGAAGGCACCUGUCCAUUUCCAACUUGUAAUUAUGAUUCUGCACGUGGGGACCAAUGUGAAAAGUGUGGUGAGCUUCUAAAUACAACUGAACUUAAAGAUCCAAGAUGUAAGGUAUGUCGGAAAACUCCCCAAAUUCGUGAUACGAACCAUUUAUUUCUAGAGCUCCCACUGCUGAAGGAUAAAUUGGAGGUAUAUAUCAAUGACAUGUCAGUUGCAGGAUCUUGGAGCCAGAAUGCUAUUCAAGCUACUCAUGGAUGGCUUAAAGGAGGAUUAAAACCCCGCUGUAUAACUAGGGAUCUUAAGUGGGGGGUUCCUGUUCCACAUGAAAAAUUUAAGGAUAAGGUUUUCUACGUAUGGUUUGAUGCACCUAUUGGUUAUGUCUCAAUCACUGCAUGCUACACACCUGAUUGGGAGAAGUGGUGGAAGAACCCUGAAAAUGUAGAGCUGUAUCAGUUCAUGGGCAAGGACAAUGUGCCAUUCCAUACUGUGAUGUUUCCAUCUGCACUCCUUGGAACUGGAGAAAACUGGACAUUGAUGAAGAGCAUUAGUGUUACAGAGUAUUUAAACUAUGAAGCAGGAAAGUUCUCCAAAAGCAAGGGUAUAGGAGUUUUUGGCAAUGAUGUCAAAGAUACUAACAUUCCCUCAGAAGUGUGGCGAUACUACUUGCUGACUAACAGGCCAGAGGUCUCAGACACAUUGUUUACAUGGGCAGACUUGCAAGCAAAACUAAAUACUGAGUUACUGAAUAAUUUGGGCAAUUUCAUUAACCGAGUAUUGAGUUUCAUUGCCAAACCUCCAGGACUAGGAUAUGGAUCUGUCAUUCCUGAUGCUCCAGGGGUGGAAUCAAAUCUCUUGACGAAAACAUUGUCAGAAAAAAUUGGUAAUUAUGUGGAGCAAUAUGUAGAAGCAAUGGAAAAGGUUAAACUAAAGCAGGCAUUAAAAAUUGCAAUGAGCAUCUCUAGUGAGGGGAAUGCAUAUCUGCAAGAGAGCCAAUUCUGGAAACUUUACAAGCAAGACCAAGCUUCCUGCUCUCUUGUUGUGAGAACUUCAGUGGGGCUGGUUUAUCUUCUCUCGUGUUUGUUAGAACCUUUCAUGCCAUCAUUUUCUAUCAAGGUACUAAAGCAGCUUAAUUUGCCUCCUGAAAAAAUUUCACUUUGUGAUGAGACUGGAGAUCUUGAAAGGGCAAAAAAACCUUGGGAAAGUCUACCUGCUGGUCAUAAAAUUGGGACACCAGAACCUUUGUUUAAGGAGUUGAAAGAUGAGGAUGUGGAAUUUUUCCGGGAGAAGUUUGCUGGAAGUCAAGCUGAUAGGGAUGUAAAAGACAGAAGUCGAAAAGAAAUCACAGAGCAACUAGGGAAAACAAAACUUACUUAAUAUCCAACUAUAAUCUCAUUCCAGGGAGUCCGGAAAACUUUUAUGACAUGUUCCAUAUUACUUGAAAAUUAAUGUUGAAAUAUUUCUCUAGCAUAUCACCUUGUAAUAAGCUAACAUUCCAUGUAAAUUUGUGACAACUGUUAAAGAAGAGCAGCAUAGGAUACUUUUAGUCUAUUUACAUGGCAGAUAAGUAUAGAACAUAAGAAUGUACAGGCUCUCACAAUGACAAAUAUCCUUGAGGAUCCUUAUCUUUCCAUGAAUUAAAAUUUGUCUAUUGAGGGAAUA